UCAAGAAAGCAAUAAACAUUUCUUUAAAUUAUUAUUCUUCUUUUCUGUUUCCAAUAUGAUAUCAGAGCUAUAAGCUCCUGGUUCUUUUCUCUUAUCAUCGUUGUUUGGUUUUUAGAGUUGGAUUUUCGAUUCUAUUUUAGAUCUGAAAUUUUGUCGUGGGGAUCUCUUCUUCUACUUAUUGGAUUGUUUAUCCUCAAUUCUCAGGCCCUUUUUGAGGGUCCAUCUCCUACACCCACCAUGGCGGGUUCUAGAGCGAUUUGGGGUGAAGUUGCUCUUACAGCUGUUUAUCUUAGUAAGCGCAUUCCAUCAUCAAUCCUUAAUAACCAGUCUCCAUAUGAGCAUUUACAUGGUACAUUUGAUGAGCUCUACAAUGCCUCACCACAUGCUCCAACUAGUUCUGUAGAAGAUGAUCUGCCUGUUGGUAAUGCAUUAGAUAAUUUUGAGCCUUUUUCUACUUCCUCAUCUAUAUCACCUGUUGAUGUUGCAUCUGAGCUUGUUGUCCCAUCCUUGAGUCAUCCUCUUCGGAUUGAUGUGAAAAAUGCUUUUCUUAAUGGUGACCUUGAAGAAGAAGUUUAUAUGAAACCACCUCUUGGGCUCACCCAUCCUCCAAACAAGACUGCUCGGGAUAUGGUUCUUUUACUUUUUUAUGUUGACAACAUGAUUAUUACUGGAGAUGAUGUCGUAGUCACCUCUUCAAAUGAUGGCUACUUGUUUUCUCAAGUAAAGUAUGCCUCCGAUCUUGUUUCUAAAGCUGAACUCAAUAAUGGUAAGAGUGUUUCUACACCUCUUGAACUUAAUGUCAAGCUUACACCUAUGGAUGGCUCUCCACUUUCUGAUUCUACUCGUUAUCGACAAUUGGUUAGUAGUCUGGUUUACCUUGCCAUGACACGCCUUGAUAUAGCAUAUGCAAUUCACAUUGUUAGUCGAUUUAUGGCUGCUUCUCGCUCCACUCAUUAUGCAGCGGUAUUUUGCAUUAUUCGCUAUGUUAAGGGAACAUUGUUUCAUGGACUCCAUUUUUCUGCCAACUCCUCUCUUGUGCUUUGUGCUUACUAUGAUGCUAAUUGGGUUGGUGAUCUUUCUAAUCGUUGAUCUACCAUUGGCUACUGUAUUUUCCUUGGUAAUUCUCUUAUCUCUUGGUGGAAUAAGAAACAUACUAUUCCAACUCGCUUUAGUACUAAAGCUGAGUAUAGAGUUCUUAGUGAUACCACAUCAGAACUUCUUUCAUUACGGUGGCUUCUUGAAGAUAUGGACGUUUAGAAAAAAUAAAAGCAUGGAUGAAUU